AAAAAAAAACCAGUAUGAAGUGUUUCCUGUCAUUGGUGAUGCUUGCGACCGUGGCCGCAACUGACAUUGACUGGUCCAGGGUGCGUCCUAUUGAAGAGUUCGAUCACUACUGGGCUCGGUUGCCAGCGAAGUUUCAGGCACUCCGUGAUGCCAAACCGAUCGCUGGUAGGAUAAUCAAUGGAUACGAAGCCUACCCCGGUCAAUUCCCGUAUCAAGUAGUUCUGAUUAGUUACUACGGACCACGUUCCGCCCUGUGUGGCGCUUCGGUGCUGACCAAUAAUUUUGUCCUGACUGCUGCCCACUGUGUCGUGGAUGCGGCGGGUGGAAUCGCGUUGAUGGGAGCCCACAAUCGUGAAAACAAUGAACCUAGCCAGCAGUCCGUCAGCUUUAGCCCCACUGGCAUCAACAUCCAUCCGGAUUAUUCGCCAACUACAAUCCGAAAUGAUGUGGCCACAGUUCGACUAAACAUUCCGAUCAUUUUCAAUGAUCGCGUUCGGCCUAUCCGUCUUCCGGCCCGUUCCGAUGAAAGGCUAUUCUCUGGAUGGUACGCAACCGUUUCUGGAUUUGGGCGUGUCUCGGACUACUACCCAUACGCCUCCGAUGUACUCCGGUACACAUACAACGCAAUCCUAACCAAUAGCAACUGUUUGGAUCAGUGGGAUAACGACGCCGAUGUGAUUGGACCGCAAAACAUCUGUCUGUCCGGGGAGUUUGGCCGGGCAAGCUGCAGCGGAGACUCGGGUGGUCCUCUUACUAUUUUUGAUUACCCUUAUGACUCCGUGCAAGUCGGCCUGGUUUCGUUCGGAUCGGCGAACGGUUGCGCCACCGGAAUUCCGUCGGUAUUCGCUCGCAUUACCUAUUUUCUGCAUUGGAUUGAGGAAAACUCCGAUUAUGCGGUAGAAGAGUGAUAAAAAUUUCUUUAUAUUUUUAUUGAUUCUUUAUUUUGAGAAAUCCAUAAACGGUUUUUUUUUUUCAUAAAUACGUUUAUUUCAUAGGCAAUAUACAUAAGUUUUUCUUCGCCGUGGCAUCCACAAUACAUAGUAGUUUAAACCUAAUACAUUUCGAAUAUCAUAUUAGUAUGUUGGUACUCAUUAGUUAAUCUAAACACUGUUUUUAUCAAGCGAGUUGCUAUUUUAAAUUACAUUAAAUAAAAUACAUUUAUUUUGUACAUGAUCUUAUAACUAUUUCAGGAUUGUUUGUAUCAGUUCACCACUUAUAUUCAAUAUCCUAUAGUUGGCUAUUGGUUGAACUCAUGGAAGAGAAAAUAGUUUAACAUAAAAUAAAAUUUAAAUUGGAACUCCAA